AUGUGCGUGUGCGCACCCUGCUGUUUGAUGAUUCGUCUGAUUUGGUCGCAAACGCAGGAGACUACACUACCGGCCUCACAGUUGCAUGGCUAUGUCUACCUCGCCCGCGCACUCAUUUCCCGACAUCAGUUCGUUGGAGACCAGCAAGACCUCAUCGACGGCUUCACCCUCGCAAAAAAGGCAGUCAUCGCGGCGGAUGCUCAGUUUCUAUCCUGUCCCACCGUGAUGGUGCUGUCAGCAAGCGUUUACAUCUACGACGCAGGUCACCGCGGAAACGCCGAACAUUGGCAGAUAGGGGACGACCUGUGCCGGAAGGCAAUCGCACUGCUCCCGGACAAGCACCUCCUCCAUGCGGGAGCCCUUCGCGCUGCCGCCAUCGCAGCGCAACGCCUCUUUGAGACGACGGGCCAGUGCUCCCAUAUCGACGACGCGGUUAAUUUCCAGAGGUCCGCUCUUGAAAUAGCAUCGUUGCACAAGCCUCCGGAUUAUCCCCACUACUUCAGCGUUCUAGGCUUAUACCUUCGCAUGCGCUCCGAGGCUCUGGGUGAUCCGCGAGAUCUGGAUGAGGCCGUUUCUUUGACUAGGACCUCUGUCGAUCUCUGCCCAGCAUCGCAUGUCUUCCGCAAGAACAUAUUGACCAAACUAAGUCAGGCGUUAGUCCGUCGCUUCGAGCGCGACGGUCAGACGGCCGACAUCCGCGAAGCAUACGAAGUGGCCAAACAAGCGUUAUCCGCGGGGCUUUCCAGCGGACUGUACGCGUUGGACACGGCCGGAGGAAUCCUCACGCGCCUGAUCGAGGUCACGGACGUGACGGAUUCCGAUAUCGAUCAGAUCCUUGCCUGGAAUCAGGAGGCGCUCCAGCUGUGCCCUCCGGGUCAUCACGUCCGUAACGGAUACAUCGGCAACGUCGCCGACAGCCUGAGGCUGCGCUUCUUCUGGCGAGGGUCUUUGGCCGACCUCGAGGAAUCCAUCGAGCUUCAACGCCAGCUCGUCCACAGAUUUCCAAGGGGUACCACGGUUUGGCGCAUUUCCAUGGGCAGUCUCGCGGACACCCUAGCGAUACGCUUCAAGGAGCUUGGCCACGUCAAUGAUCUUUCGGAGGCCAUUGCGCUACAUCACGAGGCCUACGAUGCGACCACGAUAACAAACCCCAUAUACCAGGAAUAUUAUCUCUCGAUGGUGUCCACGUUGUGCCUCCGAUUCGAGACCGAGGGUACUAACAGGGAAGAUCUGGUCGAAGCCAUCGCCAUCUCUUCUCAAAUGCUCAACCACCUCCCUACGGACCAUUCUCUGAUAUACCAGGUCGCACUCGCGCAUUCCAACGCGCUCACGUUGCGAGCACGAGACACUGAAAGUUUAGACGAUGCGUGCCAAGCGGUGCAUUUGCUCACGCAAUACGCUACCCGUGUUCCACCGGAUUCCGUGCAUGGAACGCGUUACCGCAUCGCGCUCGGUUCGGCGUACCUGAUAAGGUAUCACAUCGGCAAGGGCGUGGACGAUGCCCAGGCGGCCAAAGCAGUCUACUCGGAACUCCUCGUCCGCCUCACUCCCGGGCGUCAAGAUCGUUUUCAAUGUCUCCUCAACAUGUCCGAUCUGUAUCUUGAAGCCCGCACGCCCUUCCACGAUAUGCAUGCCGCUCUAGACCAUCUUUACGAAGCGAUAUCCGAUGACGGGCGCGAUGUCCGAUCUCGUCUCCAGGGCUCUCUGAGGGUACUUUCGUCCAUCAAGGUGUCAUCGGUGGACGAAGCGUCCGUGAAAGCCAAACUUCUGGAUACCUACUCCAAAUCGCUAUCCUUACUUCCUCGCGUGGCGUAUUUCGGUCUGAACCUCGACUCGCGCCUCAGGUCCCUGGCGGCAGGCCAACGUCUGACGCCCACCUGUGCCUCCCUCGCCCUCCAGCUCUCGCAACCGGAAACGGCCGUGGAGAUGCUCGAGCAAGGGCGCGCCAUAUUCUGGGCGCACGCCCUCCGAUUGCGCUCCCGCUUCGACGACGUCCCAGAGCGAUAUCGUACCCGGCUGCUCGAGUUGGCUCAGCGCCUCGAGAGGAACGCGGACAUCUCGGACGCCUUCCCGGACCCGCGGCACGUGGACCAGGCGGCCUCCCUCCGCCGGAAGCAAAGCGAAGAGUUCAACAGCCUUCUGGACGACAUUCGCUUUCUGCCUGGCUUCGACCGGUUCAUGCUGCACGACCGGUAUUCGACCCUCGCCAAAGCGGCCCGCGAAGGGCCGGUCGUCGUACUGAUAGCGAGCCCAGACGGGUCGCAUGCGAUAAUCGUGCAGCGCAGUGGCGUGCCGAUCCACGUUCCGUUGCCAAUCACCCCGCAACCACCGGCAUUCUUGAAACCCUGUGGUACCAGGUCGUACAACCCGUCAUGA